AUGGAAAGCAUACAGGCGCUCCACGCCAUAUCUUUCCCUGUCGAAUAUCCGGACGAUUACUACAAUUGGCUGCGCUCAGGAUCGUCUGUGGCUAUUGUUGCGCAUGUAUCUCAUAGAGAUGUCGUCAUGGAUCCCCAUGACACGCAUAGUGGAGUGGAAACAGAAUUGUCUACGGAAGCUGGGGUUGUUGAACCCCCUUUGGUAUACUCCUGUCUGGCUGGUUUCUGUAUUGGUCAACUCGGCCAUAAACGGUACGAAGACGGCCAGUUGGAGCCAUCACCGACGGGCUAUUUGAUGUCGUUUGCCGUGGAUCCAAGACUCCGCCGUCGCGGUGUUGGGGAACUUUUACUGACACGAUUUUUAACAUACAUGUUCUUCAAUAUUCCUGUGCCGCCUCUCAUUCGGGCAGGAAAUGGUGGUCUCUCCUUUGGCAAAGCGCUCGCUCCGGUGCUGAAAAGUUUUUUUACAGCUGUUUCAAGUUUUUUGCAGCAGCGUCUUGGAAUAGAAAGCCAUAGUGAGCAGCUGAAUAACCCUCCAAGGGACCCCAAAACACUCCCUGACAGACCGAUCGAUUCCGGCCACUCGAACCUUCGCUGCGGUGUGGCGGAAGUCUGGUUACAUUGCUUGGCAUCAGAUGAAGCGUUGUUGCGUUUUUAUUCUUCAAGAGGUUUUAUGCGGGUACGUGUGAUACGUGGCUUUUAUAUGUUUGAUGCCAGACUGCACGAUGGCAUGCUCUUGGUUAUUAGGCGUGGCGACUUUAGCAGUCUAGGUAAUGCUGUGCUUCAACAUGGAGUCUGUCGGUAUAAACAGGCAAGCACAGGUUCGGUUGGGUUGCGCACGGAUUUGACGGACGGCGGCGAAAUUGUGGGACUUGAUGAGGACCUUGCGCGCGUUGCUGAUAUUGAGUUAUUCAGAAGUUAA